UAGAAAGUUUCAAAAAGGCCAAGUUUUGAGUAAUUUCCACACGCUAUCUUAAAAAUAGAAGAUUCAACUAUACAUGUACCAACAAAAACUCUUUGUAUAUAAAAUUAGUAUUAUUCUUAUAAGCUCUCAAUAACGACCCAUCCAAAGCCAUGGCUUCAUUAUAUCUCCAUCUCCUUCCUUUUUUCUUGAUUCUGCACGUUGCUCUUUCUUUCCUUUUUGCUGCAAUUUUCGCUGAUACCUGUACAGUAGACCUAUUAUCUUUAUCUACUGAUCAGAACUCUUCAUGGCUUUCACCAUCAGGUGAAUUUACCUUUGGAUUCUUUAAACUCCAAAAUGAGAAUCUGUUCCUCCUUGCGAUCUGGUUCACCAAUAUACCUGAUACAGUGGUUUGGUCUGCAAAUGAUGACAAUAUGGCACCACCAGGGUCUACUGUUAAACUGACCGGUGAUGGGAAGCUUGCACUCUAUGACCCAAAUGGUGAAUCAUUAUGGGAGCGCCCUGAAAUUGGUGCCCAAGCUAAACCAGCCAUUUGCGGUGCUAUGAGUGAUAAUGGGAACUUCAUGCUUCUAGAUGAAAAUAAUGAGCCCAUAUGGCAGACCUUCAAAGAGCCUACAGAUACAAUCUUACCUGGCCAGAUACUAGAAAUGCCCAGUAACCUCACAUCACGCCGUUCACAAGACAAUUACAGUGACGACCGCUUCCAGCUCAAAUUACAAUUGGAUGGCAAUCUGGUGCUUUACUAUGUAGCCUACAAGACCGAAGUCAAUAGUAUGGCUUAUUGGGCUACCAUGUCGGUUAAGGAAAAUGCCUCAUCUAAGUUGGUCUUUGAUGAGAAGGGAUAUAUAUACGUUCAAGCAGGGACCAAACGGAUCUACAACCUGACAACAACCGACGUAGGCUCUCCCAAAGAUUUCUAUCACAUGGCAAGGAUCGACUCCUAUGGUGUCUUUACGCAAUUUCAUUAUCCGAAGAGCGACGUCUGCGAGAAAAAGUGGAGUGCAGUACAAAAAAUUCCUGAAAAUAUUUGCAACAGCUUCAAUACAUUACUUGGUGGAGGGAUUUGUGGAUACAACGGCUAUUGUACUGAAAUAAAUGGGGAGACAAAAUGCCUAUGCCUCGAUGAUUAUUCUUACUUGAACCGAUAUUCUCCAAACGAUGGUUGCAGACCAAAUUUUGAACUGCCCAGUUGUCAGCCCGAUGGAUGGGAUGCAGAUAGUAGGCUAGUAGAUUUUCGAGAAUAUAGAAACCUGGAUUGGCCACUAUCUGAUUAUGAAUAUCAGUCUGGAAGUGUUGUCGACUUGGAGACAUGUAAACAGCUAUGUCUAGAUGAUUGUUUCUGCAUAGUGGCUAUUCAUAAUGGCAACGAUUGUUGGAAAAAGAGGUAUCCUUUGUCUAAUGGAAGAAAGAAUACAAGCGUAAAUAGAACCGCUCUAGUGAAGGUACCUAAAAUGAAUUCAGAGCUCUAUACCAAGAAAACAUGCGACACCAAGAACCAGUCAACCUUGGUCCUUGUCAUAUCAAUACUCCUAGGAAGUUCUGUUUUCGUUAAUAUGCUUCUAAUAUUAGUUAUAUCUCUUGCUAUCUUCUUGUAUAACAAGAAGUUACUCAACUUCUCAUCUGCUUCAAGUGCUUCUGCAGCAAAUGUUAGAAGCUAUACAUACAAAGAACUCGAAGAAGCUACUAGUGGCUUCAAGCAGAUAUUGGGUAGAGGUGCUUCUGGAAUAGUUUACAAAGGAGUCUUAGCAUCAGAUCCCAAGAGGUUUGUAGCAGUCAAGAAGCUAGAUAAGGUCGAACAAGAAGGAGAGAGAGAAUUCAAAACAGAAGUUAAUGUGAUUGGUCAGACACACCACAAGAACCUAGUCCGUCUCCUUGGAUAUUGUGACGAGGGGGAACACCGGCUUCUUAUCUACGAGUACAUGAGUAAUGGAUCCUUAGCUAACUUCUUGUUCGGAAUAACAAGGCCUGACUGGAAUCAAAGAGUACAGAUUGCCUUGGGCAUUGCAAGAGGCCUGAUGUACUUACAUGAAGAAUGCGUUGUUCAAAUAAUCCACUGUGACAUAAAACCUCAAAACAUACUAUUAGAUGAGUUCUCUACACCAAGGAUUUCUGACUUCGGAUUGGUAAAGCUAUUGUUGGCCGAGCAAUCUCGAGUAACUCGCACAAAUAAAAGAGGCACAAUUGGGUACUUUGCACCUGAGUGGUUCAGGAAAGGUUCAAUCACAGUUAAAAUUGAUGUAUAUAGUUAUGGGGUUGUGCUGCUAGAGCUCAUAUGCUGCAAAUCAAGUGUAGCAUUUGGAAUGGGAGAUCAAGAGGAGGCACUUAUGGACUGGAUAUAUGAGUGCUACUGCAAAAAGAAGUUGGGUGAGCUGGUUGAAAACGAUGAAGAGGCAAGAAAUGACAUGAAAAGGCUAGAGAGGUUGGUGAUGGUGGCAAUUUGGUGCAUUCAAGAGGAUCCUUCACUUAGACCCACAAUGAAGAAGGUGACGCAAAUGCUUGAGGGCGUUACCCAUGUUUCUGUGCCCCCACGCCCUUGAAGCUAUAGCUCAACAUGACUUCAACACUGUUUAUCCAAAUUUUAACUUGAUUACUUCACAUCUUUUUUUUUUUACUCGGUUAAUGCAAUAGUAUGUUGUUAUAUGGAAGAUAAAAUAAAUUUGACUUGA